GAAAGAAGUCCAGCAGCUUUAAAACGUAACCUGAGAAUCUGUGGCAUCCCUGUGGGUUAAAAAAAUAAUAAUUUUUAAAGAGGAUGUAAAAUGGGAUUUUAGAGGACAGACAUACAGAGACUCACUUGUUGGCUGCAGAGUCAAAGGUCGGCAUUGAAACGUAAAGCAUCCUUUCCACAGGAUGUGAAAGCAAUGCAAAAUGGCUGCAAAACGUACUUUGUGGCAGUCGCCAUCAAAGUGGCCGGUUUCCUUUCCACCAGCUAAGUGCAACAUUUUGGAUGCGUCUCAGAACCAAAUGGACGCUAUCAUCACGUUUCCAGUCCAUUUUUAAGUUCUACGCUUCCAAGACACGUCAAACUCCACAGGUUGGCUCAAGCCAGACAGGAAGUCAAACACAAAGGCAGCGUUAAACAUCCAGAAACUUUCAAAAUAAAAGGGACAUGCAAAAAAACGCAUGUCAUUUCCUGUGAAACCAGCAUAGCUAAGGUGAGCGAAAUAGAAAUCAAACCAGCCCUUUUUGGAUUCAUGCAGCUGUCGUUCUCCUUGCUCGUUAUGCAGUACGUCCGGUGGAAAGGAGGCUUAAAGGGAAGACUCCAGCCGUCACACUUACUAUAGCCAAAACUGGAAUUGGUAUGUAGGCUAUAUUAAAGUUGAAACGCAUCCUCACUUGGAUUAUUUUUCUUUAUUUCGAUAUGUUGCUGCUCAUGGGGCUGCUUAAAGAGCAAGUCACCCCCAAAUCAACUUAUUUUUGCUGAUAAAUUAUAUAAAUGAGUGUCUAAUUGCUCUGUAGACACGUGUCGUCAAUAAUUUGGCACUUUAAUUAAUCUUAGUUAAAAUUUAAAUAAUCUGCCUAAAACUGGCAGUGUUGUGCCGUUGUCAGGUAAAAACUCUGCACUGUAUUUUAAUUUAAAUCUGCCAUCGCUAUUGGCUAAGAGGUAUGCUAUGACGUAAACUGGUACAUUGUGAUGUCACAAUGCUGUUGUGAGCCUGUGUGUGUGUGUGUGUGUAUUUGUUAGUGGCUCCGCCCUCUCGGUCUGCCAGGCAACAGCAUUUGUUGCAUUUUUCAAACAUGAGGUGGGAGUGGAGUUAGACUCUGGUAGGGGUUGACUUGCUCUUUAAGUAUGGCCUGGGAAAUCAAAUGAAGCUGUUAAACAAAUCCUUACAUUUGACCAGUUUACUUUUGAUUCUGAUGGCAGGGAGGGUGCUAGAAUACUACUACAGGCGGGCAGCUGCUCUGUUAGAGACACAUUUGUAAAAAAAAAAAAUACUACAAACAAGCCUUCGAUUAUUUAGAAUUUCAGUGAGUUAUCAUAACAAUAUCAAACAUCAAUUCAGUUACAGUAACUUUAGAUACAACAAGUUGUUCCAAAAUUCAACAGAAAAAGAAUGCAUCAUCAAAGUUAUUUCAUCUCAGUGGCAACAUGAAAAUAUUUCUCUUGGCAAUUCUGAUCAAUUUCAGAUGAAUUAACUCACAUGUUUUGUUUUAAACAUUUCACAUUAGGCUAAAUUAUCACAAAAAAUUUAAAUAAAUCAGGAUUACUAAUGCUGAGGCUCUGCCCUCAGCAGGGGGGUCACAGGGGGCCCAAGCUUUCUGUCAGGGUAGCACUGGCCCACCCUGGGCCCCUCCUAGAACCGCCCCUGAAUGAUGGCAUAAAAGAGGCUGUUCUUUCUGUGAGGGUGACAACGCCUGAACAUACCUGCAUCAAAAGAUUGUCAGCGCGAUUUAAAUACUAAAGGCGAUUCAUUAACUUUCUGACAUUCUUAAACUAUUUACGUUUUGCAAUGUGUAAAAACCUGGUUUCACUAAAUUGGAGACGCUUUUAUACCAAAUAUGUUUUUCAUAAAUCCGGUGGAAGACAAAACCCAGGAAGGCUGGAGCGUCAUUGUUUGUGUUUCACCUAACCAAGUGGUCGCUUCCUUUAUUUCCUGUCACAUGACUCUAGCUUCCUAAAGAAAACACAACAUCUAACAAAAAAAUAACAAACAUGUUCGUCUGUUUGCUGUAAGCGACCAUAUUCCAAAUAUGUGCUUGUUCUUCAGUAUUUCACGGUAUAUUUUUGAAGGAUGACAUUAUUUUCUGUUCCAAGACUUCAUGUAAAAAAAAAAAAGGACAGAAAUGUGUCAAAAACCUCCUCCUCUGUAAUUAAUUAGGUUCCAUUAGUCUAACACUGCAUGUGUGAAGGGAAACAUGACAGGAAUGUCGAUAGGAAAACAUGUUUCUGCAAGUGGCGGUGAUGGAACGACUUCUAACACUUCCACUCCCUCCUUCAUCCACUAAUACACCCUCUUUCAACACACACACACACACACACACACACACGGAUCAGAGCAACCCACAUCCCAGCAGCUAGUCGGAGGAGAAAGCAUUAAAUUAUACUAAAGCUCAGUUGCUGCACAUCCAUCUGAUAUUAUAAACGUCUCACACACAACCUAGGUCCCCAUUCCUGCUUCAUGCUACAUGAAAAUAAAUAAUUCACUUUAAAGUUAUUUUUUAGGUUUGCUUCUAAGAUUAAAAUACAUAUUUGUGUGUUGCUCACUGCUGAGUCAGUGACAGAGGUUAUGCAUCAGCUGUUUGCCAGUAAGGCUGAUGUUUGUGUUUUUUGUCAUUCUGGCAAACGGAUUUGUGAACUGAUGUGAUGUAGAGUUGUUUACUGGGCCGCCUAUAGACUGAAACUUGAACACAUCUCCUGUUUUUACAUCUCAGCAACUUUUUACUGUAGGUCAGCAUCACUGUGCUUAAAUGGCUACAGGUUAGCGGUUAUUCCUUUGCAUCAUGGUGAAAUUGAAUCUGAAUGCAGAGACAAAACACGCUUUUGUAAUUCAGCUUUUCAGAUGCAGCCACAUCGUUUUAGAUUAGCAUGUAGUCUCUCGUUCAUUCCUUAUUGUUUCAUGAAGUUUUGUGUGACAUGAACACACCUAUCUCAAGUUCAGACAUUUAUUUUUCCAAUUAAAUGCAAAAAAAGGUCUUUAUUUGUUUAACUGCCACCAAUACUAAUUGCCUUUAUCGUAAACAGUCUGAAUAACUCAGAUGUGAUCCAGACAGUUGUUCUUGCAGUCUUAGCCUGAAGCUAUGAUCCGAUGUGAUUGGACUGGACCUGUAACACUUUUCUGUAACACCCUCUGCUGGAGGAACAUCUGCAUGACCAAACAAACAUGAUCUUCCUUCUGUGUCUCCAAUCCAGGCAGUAAAUGCACACAAAACCCCCACAUUUUAUAGACCUGCUGCGGUAUUUGUCUCAUAAUGAACAUUUGUGUUUGUUAAAACACUGUAAUGGAUGCUGAACCUGCACCUGUCUUGUAUAAAAGUGAUUCAGUUUUACUGAAAUUUCCUGAGGGCAGGACAUCGCUGCAGAUGAAGCGUUUGAGACUGGACCGACAUUUUCAUGUUCCAUCAUUCUUCCACUGCCUCGUUUUGACCCUUAAACAUGGAGGACUAGAGCUUAAGUGUAUGUGGGAACAAGGACGUAGUUUUGACUUUAGAAGUAGGGGACAAACAACCGGCAUGAGGACCGGUGGGGUUUGGGGAUCUUUACAGUAAGUAUACAAAAAAUAUGUAUAAAACUAGAGCCUAGAGGCUCUUUUAUGCAAUGUCAGGCAUGCAGAACUGUCAAGUACACAGGUGGAAGGAACGGCCAAUCACACGCUAGCGAGUUUCAGCAGAGCCAAUAGACGAGCUUAUGGACGGUUCUAAUGGGAAACGGGCUUCAACACAAGUGGUUGUUUUCCACUUGGUCCUAGUGCUCAUGUCUAUUUAAUAUAGCAUAUUAUAGUUUUUGGAUGGUAAAAAGUACAGGGGACAAAAAUUGACUUUGGAAAAAUUGGGAGGGUCAUGUCCCCCCUUGUCCCCCCCAAAACUACGUCCAUUUUCAUUUUCAUUUCAUUUCAUUAAUUUAUAAUAUUUUGCACCUGGCUGUGCACAUCUCAAUUAAACAAUACGUUAAAAGAGACGGAUGUUACAACACGACCAUGACUGAAAAGGAGCAGGAAGAAGAAAAAUCUUACAAUACCUGCUCCAUUCUUAAACAUAUAUACCGGUAAAAAACAUUUACACAUCGAUGGUCUGUCAGUCAAUAACCCUCCAAACAAACAAAUCCAAUAUCAGACUAAAAUUAUAUAUUUCACCAAUUUACAAUCUCCACAAUGUCCAUUAUUCAGCAAGUCCAUACAUUUGAAAUAUUCUAUUUUUAUAUAACCUCUUAAAGAGAAAAAUAUUUCCACGUGUCUUUAACUCAUUCUGUAACGAGUUCCACAAUUUAACACCACAUACUGAAGUGCAGUUCAUGUGUGGGAACAUGGGUGCUCUCCAAGGUGUGUGUGUGUGUGUGUGUGUGUGUGUGUGUGUGUGUGUGUGUGUGUGUGUGUGUGUGUGUGUGUGUGUGUGUGUGUGUGUGUGUGUGUGUGUGUGUGUGUUAUUGUCUCCUGCUUCUUAUCUAUCAUAUAUUCAAAAAUGCUCACCAGUCCAGAGUUUUUUCUCAAAGGGCCCCAUCUAGAGGUAGAAAAAUGCAUUGCACUGUUUGGCUGCUCCUCUGCUUCGGUGACUGAAAGCAACACCUCUCAUAUGUGAGCGUGCACCUUGAGCCGACAGCAGAGUGAAAAUACAUCCUUUAAAGGCGUAGUUCACUGAAAAACAUUUUAAAUGAUUUUUUAUGAUUAAUUAUAAUUGGUCACUCUUGAGUUUUUCAUGCAGGCUGAACAAGAAAUUAGUCUCCUACUUCUAUCUCCUGCAUUAGCCUCUGAUAGGAAAUAGAAAUGCAAGGAUUUGAAAAACCUGACAGGUCAACAUCACACUGUCACUUAACAUUCAUGGUGUCAUCCAUCUUGACACAUGAAAGUGAAGGCUGCUGUUGGUGUAGCGUCCAGAAGACAGCAGAGAACCUCUCGGCUAGAAGCUAGCCUUUAGCAUUAAAAACUCCACCACAUAGCAGAACUCUUCCAGGCUUGCGUUAUUUGUGAAGAUAAAACAUCAGUGUUCCAAAAUAAACGGUCAGUAGAGUCAUAUUGUUGUUAGCUAAUCAGAGGUGAGAUGUCCAAAUAUCAGGAAGCGAGACUCUCCUCUGAUCUGGCAAUCUUCUAGAUCCUGAAACAUGCGCACCAGGGCUUUAAGUGGCCAGAGUACAACUAACAAAGCAUUCAUUCCUACUAGAGACCACUGCAAAUGUAUUAAUUAAAUGAGUGAACCACACCUUUAAUAAUAUUCUCAUAUUUAUAUAAAAAAACUUACUUCAUUAGAAAUGUUGCCGACUUUGCAUCAUUCGAGGUUAUUCCACAAACGCGCACACACAUACUCUGAGACUGACAUCUGUACAUAAACGGAUGUUCAAUGCUAUUGGCUAAUGCUGAGCAGCGCCAAAUUCAUGGUGUCAUCUGCAGGAUGUGGGGCGGGGUUAGCAAAAGAACACAUUUGUAAUCCAAUUAUUACUUUACCACUUUCUUUCAAUUAAAAUAUGUUUUUCUUUUUUCUUUUUUAAAGGUAAUUUUUUGUGAAGCGCCCCGUGAUCCUGAGAGGAGCUAUAUAAAAGAUGGUUUCUUUUUCUUCUUCAUAGUACAGAACAAGACCAUCACUUCUAUAGACUUCUGUGGACUUCUAGAAGUCAUACAAAAUCCCCGAAAAGGUCAAAAACUCCAAAUUACUGCUUUAAGAAACAACAACUACAUCAAAUAAACACAAAAUACUCUGUAGUUCCUCUCAGUGUCAGUUAUCCCCUCUGAGCCGCUCAGCCGAGAAACUUCCUGCUCCUGCUGCCGUUCUUAGCCCACAUGUCGCUCUGGGAAAUUAAAAGCAGGAAAUGAUGUCAUGUGUGGCCCUUUAUGGUCCCUGAGACCCAGGAGUAGGUGGAUACAGCAGAAUAAAGAUAAUUUAAAAAAAAGCAGUUUGAAAGUCGAGGUUAGCGGCAUCGGAUAAAAGGCAGGAAAUGAAAGCCAGAGAAAGAACUCUGAUUAAAGAAAAAAGGCUGUGAGGACAUUAGGGUGCUUGUUUUGAGCCUAUUAUGUAACACCGUUGGCACACUUGUUAUGUACCUCUUUGUCCCACACAGAGGAGCACAAAUUCAUAUUCUAACACACAGUGGAGCUCACACACACCAACCGUCUGCCUUUUCUCUUGUCACUUACUCCCCGCAGCAGGACUGCAGUGACUUGAAACAGAGGGGAAAAGCACAGUUGGCAGCUCGGAUUAGCUCCAUCCGACUGUGUGCUUUGUGGUGUUUGGUGGCCUACUUAUUGCCUGUUUGUGUACUAAUUAAUCUCUUGAUUAAAUUCUGCACAGAUGAAUAAUGGUGCUUUGUUCCCACGCUGACAGGAGCUUGUUUCUCUGCACAAACAAACAACAUGGAAGCUGUCGACAGCGAGUGCACCUUUCUUAACCGAGCAUGUCGUUUUGCGUUUUUAAACAGUAGCUUCAAUGUAACGUGGAAUGUUUGUUCAUUACAGGUUGAUGCAAUUCUGCAGAAAAGCAUUUUGCAUUUAUAGAAGAGCAGGGUUUUAAUGAGGCUUUCUGUUCCAGACAUAUCUUGGUUUAAAUUGUUAGCAUCAAAUUUUAGCUAAUAUGUAAUAAAAAACUUUUGUUAUGGUGGAUGAAAAUCUUAAAUUAAUCAUAUAAAAGUGUCAGAGAAGAUUGUGUGAUUCUGCAAAAGGAUGAAAGCUGGUAAAAUAGUUAUUGCAAUUUAGUUGGAGCACUAUAACUUAAUAUAGUGACAUAUAAUGCAUCAGAAUUUGAUCAUUUAAAGGGGAAAUAUUAGGUUAACAUUCGUUUUGUAUCCUUUUAUGCAACUAUGUGGGUUUCUAAUGCAGCUAGAAACACUCCAGAUGUGAAAAUAACCUGUCCAUCUGUUUUCUGUCAGUGGAAUUAUUACAAGUACUUUCAAAAAGUCCCCUUUGUGAUGUUACAUUCAGGCUAACUACAUAGAACCACCUUGUGAGCACAAAAGAGCUGCUGUAGAAGGAGCAGCAGCUCUACUCUGGAUAUUGGAGUUACUCAGCUUAUAGCAGCCUGAGCGAGAGAUGGGUGGGUGUGGCUUGUUUUCUUAAAGUAACAGAGUCCUGAGACGGCUCAUUCUGGAAGGCCCUGAAAAUGUCAAGAAUAAAAACGGCUGAAAGGUCUUUAUGGGCGAGGAAUUUGGAUCAAAGAAUGUCAUGAAAGUGUUUAUUAUCAACCCCUUAAAUGCAACUUUUUUCAAUUUUAAAUCUUUUUCUUGAGCCAGUAUGUACUAAAAUGAUCCUUUACAGGGUUAAUGAAAUGUCACUCAGACCCCCCACCACCCUCUGUGGUCAGAAUACCACAUUUGCAACUUCAGAGUGCCGGUCCGGCACCUGUUAAACACAAAAAAAAUGUAGCUUUCAUUCCUGUCACUGCAGUCUGUCUCCAGCACAUUUCCUGCAUGUUUUAGAUCAGGAACACAGCUGAUUUGUUUCAUUUAGUGAUGAAUCACUCCUGUAAACACUAAUGAAGGCUGGAGAGACAUUUCAGCUGUUAGAUUAUGUCAAGGCUAUUAAAUUCUGGGCCUCAAGGGCCAGUAUCCACCACAUUUUGGUUUUAACCCUGCUUCAACACACCUGAUUUCAAUCAGCAGGUGAUUAACAGGCUUCUGCAGAGCCUGGUGAGCUGCUGCACAGGCAGGGGUGGACUGGGAUCAAAAUUAGGCCCUGGAAUUUUUACGAAUCGUCGGCCCUCAUUUGGCCAUCCCCAUUGGGAGAGCGGUGGGGUGGGGGGUGUUUCCGCCCACGGACUGGUCUAUGGGCUGAAUGUGAGAUCUAAUAUGGACUGGGACUGUUACAUUACAAGCAGGGCCAGACCGCUGCGACCGGGAGCCCUGGCCUUCCAGAUCAGCUCAUUCUCCACGGGCGGAGAUCACCGGGUCAUUAGCUACAUGCUAACUCAGUAAAACAACUCCUACGUCAUCGCUCUACCGCGUUUUUCUUGCUAAAAACGCCUGGAAACACUCUGUAAGCUUCGGGUUACCAUGUAGCUAAUGUUCUGCAGGUCACCACAUGUGGAGUAGUGUCGGCCCAAGCUGGGCAAGCAGCCCACCUGGCUAAGCGGCCCACCGGGACAGUGCCAGGAUGCCCGAUAGGCCGGUCCAACCCUGUGCACAGGUGAUUCAACCACUGAAUCUAAUAUGUUGGACUAGAGAAACCACUAAAAGGUGCUGGAUACCGGCCCUGGAUGGCCCGGGAUUGAAUAGCCCUGGAUUAAGGUGUUAAAAUAACAAACGUGCUGCGAGGAGAUAAGUUUCAGUUUUGCUUUGACCACAGAUAAUUAAUAACUGACACCAGGGGCUGCUAAAUGCAAGGAAAACAGCCAAGUGUGCCUUUAAGCCUUUAAUUUCAAUAAAAUUCUAAUCUUUUCCACUAUUGUCAACAAGAAAAUAUCAGAUCCAAUUGAAAACAGGUCUUGUUUGCAUUAAACUAGUCAAAAAACAAGUUAUAAAUCCAAAGCUUUACUUUUAUAACCCGCUGUUGUUUAGUUGGUUUGUAAUUUUCAACAAUCUAAAGAUUUCCCUCAUUAUUUCAAAUUAAAUGCGACCUUUCUGAAAGAGUCGACCAUUUUUACAGUUUCACACCGAGUAAACAAACAAGUGGCGGAAUGCCGUCCUCCCUGCGGUUUUCCCACAAGCUCCAGCUCCGCUCCCUGUCCCUGAAGCUGUCUGACUAGCUCAUCCUUUCUGCCUUCUCUGACUCACUGGGGGCAACAUCUGGACUAUUUAAAGUCUCUAGUGUGUGCACACGUGAGUGAGUACACUCUGAAUUCUCCCACACAGUCUUCUGGUGAAGCCUCCAGCAGCUGACGUGAAGCGAGGGUCCAGCGGUUGUCAGCCUGCAACCUCCAGAGUUUGGCUGAUGCAAACAGCAGCUGAAAUGAGUCAUUUCCUGCGUGGACCUGGCGGGCCCACAGCAGAUCUGGUGCCCGCGGAGGAGAUGUGGACUUUUCUGUAAGAGCUAGGAGAGAGACUGGGGAUCAGGAGGAUUCUGUCGAUAGAUGAAAGAAAGUGUGAGGGAUUGUAAAGAAGGGUUGAGAGCAGAAAGCAUAGGGAGGUUUGUUUUUAUUUAUUUUAUGUUUAGGAGGAAAGUUGCGUGAGACAAGAAGGAAGAAGCAGAGCAGAGAGAAACUGUAAAAACAGACAGAUUUUGCAUGUGGAUGCUGACGAUGAUGAAAGUGAGAGAGAGAAGGUUGAGUGGAAAAUUAGAGGGGAGAGAAAACCUGCAUGGAGCCGUUUGGAAGAGGGAGGCAGAGCUGUAAACGAACGGUCUGGAGAGGCAGCAGGGAGGAGAGCGCUGGAUGGAUGUUCAACAGGAUGGGAAUUAAAAUUCAGCAGAGUUACAGGAGCAUCCCGUACUCCUCACCAUGAGGGAAUCCAAGAUUGAGGCUAAAGAAGCUUGUGAUUGGCUUCGAGCGGCGGGAUUUCCACAGUACGCUCAGCUCUAUGAAGAUUCCCAGUUUCCUAUCGACAUUCCCUCAGUUAAAAGGGACCACGACUUCCUGGACCGGGAUCUGGUUGAGCCUCUGUGCCGACGUUUAAAUACUCUAAACAAGUGUGCCUCCAUGAAACUGGAUGUCAGCCACCCCAAGAAGAGAAGUGAUGACUCUGAUGAAGAUGACCCUUUGGCCAUUAGCAAAAGGUGGACGUUUGAGUGGAGCAGUCGACGCUGGUCUCGUCUACAGGACUUCCUGUUGGACAGCACCAAUGAGAGCAGCCCGACGGGUCAGGAAGAGGGUCUACGCAGCACAGUGAGCAGUGAGAGCGUGUUGACAGACUUGAGUGAGCAGGAGAUCACAGAAGUCUCCUCGCUCCACAGUGAAGACUCAGCCUCCGCUCUACCAGACUCAAUAUCCAUGGCGUCCCUCACUGCUUCUUACCAACUGCCAAGGGAACUUCCACACUACAACUCCUUACCAAUCAAGAGCAGUCGCCUCGGGCAAGGAGGGCGGAGCAAAGCUAAAGAGUUUCUGCGUCGAAUGGAAAUGAUGCGAACUUGGGGGCCAUCAACGAGGCGGAAAAGCUCAAAUCGCAGGCCACCAUUGGUCAUCAGUGGGCCGGUGUUACAGGGGGAGGAGCCUCAGGCACUUCAGGUGCUCCAGUGUACUCCCAUCAGCCAAUUACAGAACAGUCCAAAGGAAAUCCAUGAAACUGAUGAAGAUGAUUCCGUUUUUGUUAGCCAGAACUGUAAAGACACUGAGACUGUGAGUCCCACCGAUGAGUCGGCGGUUCUCAGCGUUCAGGAACCUGCUAAACCCAGAACUGCCAGUAAGAGAAGCAGCAUGUACCUGGAGGAUAUGGAGUUACCUUCUAGGGGUAAGAGGACUGAAGGUCAGAGAAACCACUUUCAUUCAUAUGAAAAUCUCCUCAUCCACAUCCCCAAAGACCACAAACCAGGAACCUUUCCCAAAGCGUUAUCCAUAGAAAGCCUGGCACCGUCCACCGGUGACAAGAACAACAGCUCCCAGUCACAAAACCAAACCUCCUCCCCCGAGAACGGCCUUGGUGGACUCUGGAUUGGUAAACCUUUAUCUAAACCAGCCUGUCCUGCAGCCCCGCGGGGGAGCAGGGUGAGUGUUUAUGACAACGUACCCGGCUCCCACCUGUACGCCAGCACCGGAGACCUGCUGGACCUGGAGAAGGAGGACAACUUGUUUCCUCACCUAGAUGACAUCAUCCAGCACGUCAGCGGUUUGCAGCAGAUAGUGGACCACUGGAGCCGCAGUGUUCUACCAGAGGGGGAAACGGGGGAGGAGGAAGGGGAGGGCAGGACCACCCCCAGUGAAGGGGAGAGAGAUGGGGUCUCCCUAAACGACACAGAUUCAACAGGGACCAGUCGGGAGAGGCGGGACUCUGGAGUCGGCGCCUCCCUCACAAGACCUCGUCUACGGUGGCCCAGUUUCAGGACUUCUGAUCAUCUCAACCAGCCAGCAUCUUCACUACAGAUCAGCAGCCAAUCAGCAGGCCAGCUCAGCCUGCUGCAGAAGUUUUCUCUGCUCCGCCUCACCGCCAUCAUGGAGAAAUACUCCAUGUCCAACAAACACGGCUGGACGUGGUCCGUGCCAAAGUUUAUGAAGCGCAUGAAGGUGCCGGACUACAAAGAGAAGAGUGUGUUUGGUGUUCCUCUAUUUGUCCACGUCCAGCGCUGUGGGUUUCCUCUUCCUCUGUGUUUACAGCAGGCCCUCAGCCACCUCAGAUCUCACUGUCUGGACCAGGUGGGACUGUUCCGGAAGUCUGGCGUAAAGUCUCGGAUCCACGCUCUGAGGCAGCAGUGUGAGUUGUCUCCUGACUGGAUGAGCUACGAGGACCAAUCAGCGUACGACGUGGCCGACAUGGUCAAACAGUUCUUCAGGGAUCUGCCCGAGCCUCUGCUCACGAGCAAGCUGGGGGAAACCUUUCUGCACAUUUACCAGUAUGUUCCAAAAGAGCAGAGGCUGCAGGCAGUCAGAGCCGCCAUUUUGUUGAUGCCAGAUGAAAACAGGGAAGUUCUUCAGACACUGCUUUACUUCCUGCGUGAUGUCACUUCCUUGGUAGAGGAGAACCAGAUGACGCCGAUGAAUCUGGCUGUUUGUCUCGGACCGUCGCUCUUCCACCUCAGCAUCCUGAAGAACGAGACUCUGUCACCGAGGUCGAUCCAGAAGAAGUACACGACAGGCCGUCCGGAUCAGAAAGAUCUAAAUGAGAACUUUGCUGCCACUCAGGGUCUGUCCCACAUGAUCGCAGAAUGCCAACAUCUUUUUCAGAUCCCAGAAGAAAUGGUGACCCAGUCUCGUAACUCCUACAUGGAGGCUGCGCUGAUGGUGCCUCCGCUGAACGAGCUCUGCAAGGCUCAUGAGGACGACGAGGACGUGGAGGAGGAUGAGGAAAGUUCCUAUCAUGCACACCUGGAAAGGCUGAUCCAGAGCCUGCUCAAAGAGGCUAAAGAUAAAGGAAAAAGCUGGAUGUCCCGUCCGUCUUCUGACCACACAGAACUGGCAUUUAAAAAGGUCGGAGACGGGAAUCCUCUAAGGCGGUGGCGGGUUUCAAUCGAGGUGUCGGCGGCUCCCACUGAGGUGUUGCAGCGGCUGCUGAGAGAGCGGUCUCUGUGGCUGACCGAACUACAGCAAGAGAAGGUUCUGGAGACACUGGACAAACAGACGGACGUGUACCAUUACUCCUGCUGUAAUAUGACGCCUCAACCCAUCUGUGACUAUGUGGUACUAAGAUCGUGGCGUACAGACAUGGGCAAAGGCUCCUGUGCGCUGGUGUGUGUGUCUGUUGAACAUGAAGACAGCCCUUGCACCGGAGCUGUUAGGGGGGUGGUCUUGGAGUCACAAUACCUCCUUGAGCCCUGUGGGACAGGGAGGACCAGGCUCACACACAUUUCUAGAGUUGAUCUCAGGGGAAGAUCUCCAGAAUGGUACAACAAGAUUUUUGGUCAUUUGUGUGUUAAUGAAGUCCAGAGAAUUCGCUCUUCUUUCCUUCCUUUAGAUCAGAGUCCUGAAGCCAAAGUCUGAGCCUCAAACAACAACCUGAGGCCAAGUCAUCCACCUGGGCUUUUCACGGUGCUGAGUUAGAGAGGCACAUUAUGCUUUAUCAUAUUGUUGGGUAACAACAUAGUACUUAUUUAUAUUUUUAAAUUUGUAUUUCAAAGCCAGCUUUGAGUCACACUUUCAGGAUUAGUUUCCAGUUCUGAACUUGGAACAAUUCAUUUUAUUUGUGAUUACAAGUUAAAAUAACUGUGUAUUUUUAAGAGUAUGACAUUGUGUUUUUAUUUAUUAUUCCAUUGUUGUUGUUGUUUUUUCUCAUAAGUCAUCAGCAUUUAGUCCAAUAUCACGAAAAAGAUUAAACAAACACACCUGAGAAAGGUUAAAGAAAACAGCCAGCACCAGUGAGUUUGAUCAUGAUGGUUUCUGUAUUGUUUUUGAGGUGAUCUUUGGCUAAAGUUAGUAACUUUAAGUUUUUGUUAAACUUUAAUUGCUCAUGAAUGGAGUCUUUAGCUAAACUAUCAGAUCUAAAUAACUGAUUUAGUGAUUUUUAGAAUUUUCUACAUCAGUUUAUUUUUUGGGUGGCCUGCUGUUUCCUUUAUUUAAAACAGGCCAUUUUCAUCAACAAUUUGGCUUAUAGUGUCCAUUUAAAAAAAUCACCCAAAGAAAUUUGAAGCUUUAACCUAAAGAAUCAAACUUUUUUGCUCCAUGUGCACUUAAUCAUGUUAUUAAAAGCGAACGAUACAAUGAUCUAGUAGUAAGAUAAGGCGAUCUACACUUGUACUCUAAAAGGUAUUUAAUAAAAUACUAGUUGUGUUGUGAAAAUGUUGAAUAAAAUAAAUAACUGCAGGAGAAAUCUGAAAAAGGGACAUACUCACCGGGUCCAUUACCAUGCUUUGAACUGUAGCGUGAUGAUGUCUACAGAACACAUUGUGUUGGCUUUCACUGGAUUUGGUUUCCUCUCCACACCUUCAGUGAUGAUCUUGCCCAAAGAGAACAUUGUUUUCUUUUAAAGUUGUAUCUCUGUAUGUGAUUUGUUUUCUGCUGUUAUUGAUGUCUAAGACAUGUUAUCAUUUCACUGCUUCUGGGAAGCAUGUUUGAACUUUAGCGUGCGUGCAUGGUUGUGCCCGUGUGUCGGCAUUUUGAACACAGUUACAGCCCGUGCUGUAAAUAUCUGCAGCUCUCUUUGUGCCAUCAAUGUUCUUCAGGGUCUUCCUAUCAUAUUGAUACGCUGAAAUGUGAACCUUCGACACCAUCCUUCAGAAGCAAUAGCAUACUGAGACUGCCUUGGCAUUUUAUUUUGUCUUGGCUGUAGGCAGCGUUGCCAUGGUGCUGCUAUGAUAUAAUAUCUCCAUAGUGCCCGUAAUCCUGCGUGGAUGCCUUCUAGCUGGGGAACGAUGGCUGUGUGUGUGUGUGUGUGUGUGUGUGUGUGUGUGUGUGUGUGUAGUUAUGUGUGUGUAUGUGUGUGAGUAGUGACUUUGACGUGAGACUUGGCAUUUGUGUCGAGGCUCCAAACCGAACUGAGGGCAGGGUGAUUUGUGCUUGUCGACUGAAAAUGAAACCAUGCCAGGAGAAUAAAAAAAUUUCAGAAAUCA